AUGGUCAUUCCACUGUGCAAGGCUUGUAUUAGUGUUCAGAAAGGAAUCUCCGAAGAAAAUUAUGAUUUAGUUGAUGAAGGCUUCAGGUGUUCGUUAUGUUUUGGAAUUCUUUCUGAUCCGGAUCUGGCCAAUUUGAUCGCCGUGAAAGCUGCGGAGGUGUUUAAAGCGAGUGGGUAUGAUGGCAAUACAUUUGUGUUGGCUCUCAACAUACCUACGACGAUGCAUCUCAGAGAUUUAUUUUUUGAAAAAUUAUUUCCCGGUUGUUACAGUAGCCGAGAAAUGAGCCCGAAGAAUCUGUUCUCGAAUGUGUUGUUGAAGAAUAUUGAACAGGUUUGUCCCAAAUAUUUUUUGACUUUUUUCUAGAAACUAGGAAUGAGAGGAUCAUUAUAUUCGGAUCUAGUGAUGACAGUAUCUUUGGGAAAUGACGAAUUCAUAAAAUCUGAUGUUGAUUUCUUCCUUUGUCAUUGUCCAAAUGUCUUCCUUAACAAUGGAAGGAAAAGGAGACCCGAGUUAGCCGAAAUUCAUCAGCUGUAUACCAAAACAAAGGUUCAGGAGAUCGUAAAUCGAAUGGAAGUGGAUGGAAUAAAGUAAGGUUCUCGAAUAAUGUGGAUUGAACAUACGUUUAGAAAAUACCAAUGGACUUCCCCAUCCACCAAGGUGUCUGUUGACGUGCUGUUUCAACGAGAAAGUGUCUUUAUUGCCGGAAGGUACUGUAAAUAUUCUCGAUGUCUUCCUCAAUCUCCAUGGACGGCUGAUGAGGAGAUCCAAAUUGUGAAUGGAAAUUCGGUGUGUCAUUGUGGAUAUAUAUUUAUAUUUUUUUAGGUUUCCGAGAAGAUUGGAAACAUCUUUGUAAAAAGUUUCCAUGCAACUGGAUUUAGAUUUAUAGCCUCAGGCAGAGAAGAUAUUGAUGUGAGGAUGCUGGGAAAUGGUCGACCUUUUGCUGUUAAUAUUAUAAAUGCCAAGAAAACAGAAUCGAUGAAGGGAUUGAAGAAACAGACCACCCUUGAUCUUCUCAGGGAGUUAAUUAACAAUGAAUUGGACAUCUCCAUCAGCCCGUUAAGUGUAAUAUCCAAUAAUCAAGCACAAGUAUUGAAUGUUGGCCAAGAAGAAAAGAGAAAAAUGUAUUCAUGUGUCUGUUUCUCAUCGAGAAUUAUAACAGAUGAAAUGUUGAGGUCUUUGGAGGCUAAAGUUCCCGUCAAGAUUAUCCAGAAAACAGUAGUCCGAGUCCUCAAAAGAAGGGCAUUACAUGAUCGGGAGAGGGAAAUAUACUUGCUGAAGGCUCUUAGAUUGGAUGACUUUCAUUUUCAAUUAAAGUAAGCGCUUACGAUGACCUGAGUAAUAUUUUUUUAGAAUGGAAACCCAAGCGGGAACGUAUAUCAAGGAGUUUGUCCACAGUGAUUUUGGGCGGACUUCUCCUUCUAUUGGUGAAUUGAUGGGACUGCAGGCGGACGACAUAGACAUUUUACAGUUAGACGUUGAAAGAGUUGAUCUGGAUUGGCCACCCAAGAAAUUCAUUCCGUGA